AUGCCAUCCGAGCUUGAAUUAUUGAAACAGCGUAUCACUGAGCUUGAAGCUAAGAACGACAAGCUUGAGGCUGAGAAUGCAGAGCUUAGGAAGGAGAAUACUGAGAUCUCCGGUCUUAGAAUCAAGCACUCAGUGUCUGAUGCUGAAAUAGCUGAACUUAAGCGCAGGAAUGCCGAGUUUCUAAGAGCGAAUAAGGAAUAUAACGAGAGGCGUGAUGCUGAAAAUGCCAAACUCAGGGCUAGAAUCGAGGAGAUGGAAUCUAAGUUUGGAGAUAGAAUCACGAAAGUGGAACAGAAGCAGACUCUGCAAAACGCCUUAACGGCAAAUGAUAAUUCUUCUAACAAUAGUUCACCUAGCUUCAAUUCAGUUGCAGUACCAGAGGCGAUAACGGUACCUACCAACUCUGCGAAGAUGAAUAAUUUCUUGCUUGAGGCUGAUAAGAAAAUCGUUAGUGAUGGAAUAAGGCAACGCAAUAAGGAGAAGAAACUUAAAAUCAGAGCAGGCAUCUCUCAGCCAAGAUCAAGAAUCUGGGAAAAAAGGUGCAGAAAAUAUUUCUCAAAUGAUUAUCUGAUGGUAUUCAAAACGAUUCACGGUCUCAAACAACAAAUACAAAUUUCUUCUACAUUAUCACUGCUUACUUUAGCUCAAUUAUUUAAUAGAGCAACUGAUGCUGAACAUGGUGCAAUUUGUGCAAACCAGGAAGAAAUUUUAUGUUGGUGCUACUAUGGGAAAGAAUUUGUAACUCUAGUUAACGAAACUAUAAAAAAUGGUAAAGAUCUGAAGAUACAGGUUUACAACUCCCAGGAAUUUCAUGUAAAUACUUGCAAGGGAAAACUCAGAAAGCUUGCGAAUUCUAUUUCAGAGUUAACUAAUAAUAAAAUUCAAGAAAUUAUAGAUCACUUCAUCAAAAAGCCUGAUAUAGAAUUUAUCGAUAAAGAGGAUAAUUCUCUAGAUAAUUUAUCCAAAACAGUG